AGAGCACAUUCCAGUACACCGUUCGUGUGCGCUUGACAGAUGAUAUCUGUCAAAUGUACGUAAACUAUUUUAAUUCUCAUUGUUAAACAAACAAAAAAAAUCAUUUGUGUAUUAAGUGGUUUCGGUGGAGAUGUUCCUUUUUAAUCAUCCGAGUUGAAAUAGAAAAGAGAAAAUGAGGACCACAAAAUCGGCAAUAUUUGUUAUCACUUUAAUGCUAAUAUUUUCAAUUUUAAUAGCAAACGUAACAAACAUACUAAACCAUGAAGAUUCAUACAUAGUAGGUGGUAAAACCAAAGAAAAGCAUUUUAGUUCAAGGAGAGCAAUACCCCAAAUUACAGAUACUGUUGACAAUUUGAUUUGGUUUCUGCAGAUUUCAGAUAUACAUAUUAGCAUAUUUAGAGAAAAUUCCAGAAUAACAGAAUUUAGAGAGUUUUGCCACCUCACUCUGGACGUUAUUAAGCCAACUGUUGUUUUAGCAACUGGCGAUCUAACAGAUGCCAAAACCCCAGAUAACAUUGGUUCACAGCAGAACAAAGGGGAGUGGGAAUUCUAUAAGGAUGUGUUGAAAGAGGCAAAUGUACUUAACAAAACUAUUUGGUUGGACAUUAGAGGCAAUCAUGAUAAUUUCAAUGUGAUUAAUUUUGAAUCUCCACAAAAUUUCUUCACGAAUUAUUCAAUCCAAGGGAAGGAACAUCCAAGAUCAUACUUGUAUCAGAUCGAGAAGAACGGUGUAUUGUAUUCAUUCCUUGGCGUCGACGCAUGUUUGAAGCCCGGACCCAGAAGACCGUUCAAUUUUGUUGGGCUGCUGGAUAAUCAAGAAAUUGAUGAAAUAAAGCUGUUAAUUGAAAAGGUGGAAGAGAGUAAAAGUGAUCACACCGUAUGGUUUGGUCACUUUCCAACAUCGUGCAUUAUAAGCCAAAGCGAUGGAAUACGAUCGUUAUUGAGAACCCUUGACCAGGGAAUGGUUUAUGUAUGUGGACAUUUGCAUACGUUGGGAGGACUAGUCUCCAAUAUGUACACUCUACAAAAAGAUGGAUUUUUAGAGUUGGAGCUCGGCGAUUGGAAGGAUAACCGAAGAUAUAGAUUGAUGGCAAUCGAUCACGGACUAAUUUCAUUUACUGACGUUGGACAUAGGGAAUGGCCCGUCGUCCUGAUAACCAAUCCGAAACACGCACUCUUCGUCAUUCCCGAGAAGGAAAACAUAGAAUCGAUAGCAAAUUCGACGCACAUAAGGAUUUUGGCCUUCUCGAUGAGUAAAAUCACUAAAGUGCAGGUGAAUAUAGACGAAACUGGCUGGCAUGCAUGUAUUCACAAGAAUGGGCCGCUUUAUGUAUUGGAAUGGGAUCCGAGUAUUUAUAGAAGAGGGUUACAUCACAUUAAGGUUUUUGUGAAAGAUGAAUUAAAUCGAGAAAAGACCAUCUCGCAACCGUUCUCGUUAGAUGGAACGAGACUUUCUUUCGAACUGUUGCCUAGGAUUGCUCUGAUGGGGAACGUCAGCAUAAUAUUCAAAGGAGUAUUUUACGUGUUCCUUGUCUUACUGUUGCUUCCCAUUAUAUCAUACAGAUUUACCCAUAAACUUGUUAUUCAAGGGAAAAUGAGGAAACCUGUUAUGCGCAAAGGCUUAUUAAAAUCGUGGAUUCGAAAGAUGUGGGUUCUAUCGUCGAUUGACCGUCUCUUCUGGCCCAUAGUAUUAUACCCGAUUUACCUCAGCUUUGGCCCUUGGUCAGUAGGAUACAUAAUUGAAGAUCAUAUUGGAAUAGUGUUCCCGUGGGGUACUUUCGUAAAUGGAUCUUUUCUUCCUGGUUCCUUUACAUACGCGUACGGCACUUUACAACUUCUUGCCCUCCAAUUGCAAGUGUUAAUUUUAGCUAACGGAGUAGAUUAUAGGUUCCGGUAUCACGUGAGCAAACCUGGUUUAAAGAAAUCAUUCUGGGCACAUAUAAGCUUAAAUCUGCCGUUCGCGAUGUUAAUGAUCUUGCAAAUAAUCAUGGCGUACCUGUUUUGGCUGGCUUAUGGCACGAUGGCUUUUGUCUUGGGACCUUUACGUACUUGGUCGGUCAUACUUACAGGCGUGCUUUGGCACAUCGCACUUACUCUGCCUGAAAAAUGCACUAGGGAAGCGGCAAUGGUUUGGAAUACCAAAUCUGAAAUCUCGAUUCAGACCGAUGAUAAUGUUAACGAUUCCAAUGUAAAUUGAUCAACUGUAAUAUUACAAUUUUCUUAAACAUACCCAUUAUUUUAUAUAAACUUAUAUUGACACAGAUUUUAUUAGGUAAGUCUCAGCAGAUUCCUUUUUAAUGUGAACUAUUUACUACUUGAAUAUUAAGGAUUAACUAUAUAUAUAUGUGUUAUAGACAACUUGUGAUAUCGUUUAAUUAGGGAAUUAUAAUCGAGUUUAUAUUUACCAUACAGCUCCAGUUUUAAUUUGUUAAUUAUUAUUUUGUCACUUCUUAUUUUUAUUGACUUAAUGAUUAUUUAUUUACAAUAAGAAUUUAACAAGAAUUAUUGUAUUUACUAAUACAUAUACAAGGGCUUUCUGCCCAUUAUAAGCAUAUUUUAUUUCGUUCAUAACAAUCAGUUUGAAAUUAUUCUUCCCAUUUAGUUAUUGCCAAAAUUAAUUGACCAAAAUAAAAUAAAAAAACGAGACUUGAAACAGAAAUUGAUAUGAAUGUUGAAAAUGGAAGCAAUCGCAAUAUAACUUAGGUGCAGAAAAAAUAUUUGUGAUGUAGAAAAUUGAUAUUUAUAUAUAAAUAUAUAUUUUGUAUGUUAGAUAUUUGUGACUCGAUGUGCAUCAAUGUAAGAUUCUUAGAUAUAAAUGAUCAACAAUCAGUAAACUUUUAAUCUCAUAUAAACAACAGUCUUAGAAGUAUUUUAAGAGUAGAGCACACCUGUUAGUGAUUUUUCCGGUAUGAUUAACGUAAAGUAAUUCCAAAUGUCGAAACCACAAAUCACGUUUUCUUUAUGAGAUUAAGCGAAUAUCUAUCGACGUUAUUUUGAAAUAUAACUUUUCUAUGUAUUUUUGGAUAGCAGCACGUAACAUUUAUACCUUGUGUCUUUUGUAAGAUAAAUGUAGUUAAGUAUUAAGAUGUUUAGUCUUCAAUGUCAACAAAGGAUUUUUUCAAUAGCCCGAGAAGCUACAACAUGGUUAUAAUAAUUAUUUUUCCUACUCUUCUAUUUCAGAAAUAUAUUCUAUAUGUAUGCAUUUUAGGAUACAUAUUGUUUUCCAACACUUUUUUUUUAGAAAUAUUUAUUGUUUAUCUUCCUAUUGUUAUAGUGUAAUCAAUCUAUAAGAAUAAUUGUUUCAGAUAUUUCAAUUGUAGCGAAAAAGAACAAAAAAAUGCAAUAUUUA